AUGGUGAAUUAACCCAUACUUUUUUCCCUAGAUUUUCCUUUGAAAAUUCCCGGUCCACACUAAAUCUCUUUUUCAUUCCUCUCCUCCUCCUCCAGUGCGGCGGUGCCUCACCCAAGCCCUCUCUUGCCUUCAAAUUUCCGACGGACCAGUAAAUUAAAUAAAGUGAGGAAGAAAUGAGUGCUUUCAAUAAGUUCAAAGCAAGUGUUCCUGUUGCAUGGAGCCCGAACCUCUAUAUAACCCUUGUGAGGGGAAUUCCUGGCACACGAAGGCUUCAUAGGCGCACCUUAGAGGCACUAAGGUUACGUAAAUGUAACCGCACUGUCAUGCGUUGGAACACUCCCACCGUCCGGGGAAUGCUACAGCAGGUGAAAAGAUUGGUUGUGGUUGAGACAGAAGAAAUGUUCAAGGCACGCAAAGAGAACGAAGCCAAACACCGAGCUCUACGUCCCCCUAUCGUUAUUAAUCAUCUACUGGCUUCUGCAACUGACUCCACUAAGUAGCCUUAUAAAGACGACAAUAGUAAGUUUUUGAACCUCUAUUUUAGUAGAGAUUGUUCGGGUUUUUUCGACAUAUUUUCUCUAUGUUUGAAGAAAAUAAUCGGAGUAAAAAUGGUGAACUCGAAAUAACACUGUAUUGAACUCUGUGUUUUUCAUGCAUGGUGAUUUAGUCCUUUUUUAUCAUAGAUUCUUAAAAGAUUUUGAUGUUUGAAA